GUUUGCUGUUGAACCUGUUUCAUUAUGCAGGCGAAUGCGUGCAGCAGCCCUAGGCCCUGAGGUUUCAUGGAUUGCUGGGUAUGGCACCAAAUCCAGCCUCAGUCCAGUCAUUGACAAUCUUCUCCAUUCCAGCAUUCAGGACUGUCUAGCCGACGCAUGAGCCAGCAUGAACGUGGGGACGGCUCACAGCGAGGUGAACCCCAACACCCGGGUCAUGAACAGCCGGGGCAUCUGGCUCUCCUACGUGCUGGGGAUUGGCCUGCUGCAUGUGGUCCUCCUCAGCAUCCCCUUCUUCAGUGUCCCUGUGGUUUGGACUCUCACCAACAUCAUCCACAACAUGAGUAUGUACAUCUUCCUGCACACCGUGAAAGGAACGCCCUUUGAGACUCCGGACCAGGGGAAAGCCCGGUUGCUCACGCACUGGGAGCAGAUGGACUAUGGGGUGCAGUUCACGGCAUCGCGCAAGUUCCUGACCAUCACGCCCAUCGUGCUGUAUUUCCUCACCAGUUUCUAUACGAAAUAUGACCGGAUACACUUCAUAAUCAACACCAUCUCCCUGAUGAGCGUCUUGAUCCCCAAGCUGCCCCAGCUCCACGGAGUCCGGAUCUUUGGGAUCAACAAGUACUGAGCCCCCUGGAUGAAGUGAGCUGAAGUGGAAGGGGAAACCCGGUCGUCUUAGUCCUCCCUCACCACCACCACCACCCCCCGCCAAAUCCGGGAUAUAAUUUCACAGCGGCUCUUUAAAUGCAGUAUCCAAUAGACGUGUAUACCACAUGCAGGAUCCUCGUGCCCAAUAAAUCUAAGCAAACUCUGGAGUAGCAGAAUCCUGAGUAGAGUUUAGCAUGGAGCCAGGAGACUGGGGGGUGGACUUCUUGUGCUCCAGUAUCAAGAGUAGAUGCAGAUAGAGUGAGACGUUGAGGUACAAAUAGGUCAGUUUCUGGGGAGACUCCCAUCCAGAGGCCAAUACACUGAAUGGAGAGAGCAGGGGUGGGGAGAAAGCUUUAAGAGCUAGUAGUUAUUACGAUGGCAAAUGCACUUUAAAAUACAUUGGCCCUUUUUGAGGUUAGAAGCACUCGCGAAGGGCUACGUGGGGAAAUUAAAGGGGGGCAUGGCCAGAUUUCCCAGGUGUGAAAAACUAGUUGGCCACUUUAAUUUUGGGAGGUGGAUUUUAUUCUUAAACCUCUCUCCUCCUGCUGGGGAGGGAAUCAUUUUUUCUAAUGAGAAAACAGGAAGGAGCUUUCCUGUUUUCCAAGGUACCGUUUGUAUGAUUCGGGGGGAAGGAAUUGGAUUCCAAGUUGUUUCUGUUAAUUUAAACUAUAACCAAUGUCUGUCUUUGUUUAAAGUGGAAGUAGUUCUAUUUUAAAGUGUGUGUGAUGGGGGGGUAUUCUCCCCCAUCACAUGCAGCCCUGCAGUGUUACCCUUAAUCCUACUGCCACAUAGGGCUAAGAGGUGUGAUGGUGCUGCUUGUUAGUUGUGUGAUUAAAAAUGUUAACACUGCC